UUGAGGGUGUGUGCUGUUUGGUCAUUUGAAUUAUUUUGGUCUCCUCGCCAUACGAAAUCACCACAUCCGACCAUCAAAGAACAUCGCGAAGUCAUGUGAACUUGGGCUGGGUGAGAGUGAGAGACACCUUUUUAGUGAUCUGCUUCUCGAAGGAGAUAGACGUGUCGGUUCUCAGUUGCAAAGUAGAUUUUGUUCAGAGAGGCAGCAAAGUUAAUUUAAAAUCCAUUCGUUCAUGCCAUGCGCGAUAAACUUGCCCAAAUAUUCUGCUCCCAGAGAAGCGCACGUAAAACCAGCUCAGAAAGUCUACAAGGACAUAAUAAUGUGUCAGUUAAGCAAUCAGAAAAGUGCAGCAUCGAAGAUGGGACAACGGGUUCCAAUGGCAGCCUUGGGAAUGGGGCGCCCGAAACGGCAGAGACCGACUCAUCAGGGACCGGGGGGAUGCGGGACUCGCUGGAGGGGUCGGGCUCAAAGGCGAACGACAUUGUUCACCUCAAGAGACGGGUGGGACUCUUCAGUGGGGUGGCUUUAAUUGUCGGGACGAUGAUUGGGUCUGGAAUAUUUGUAUCGCCUUCUGGUUUAUUGGUGAGAACUGGUUCCGUUGGCGUGAGCUUCAUCAUAUGGCUGGCAUGCGGUCUACUCUCGUUAUUAGGUGCGUUGGCGUAUGCAGAGUUGGGAACCAUGAACACAAGUUCUGGUGCAGAGUGGGCAUACUUCAUGGAUGCAUUUGGGGCACCACCAGCUUUUUUGUUCUCUUGGGUCAGCACUUUGGUGCUGAAACCCUCUCAAAUGGCAAUAAUCUGUCUAUCUUUUGCCCAGUAUGCCGUCGAAGCGUUCGUUUCAGAGUGUGAUCCACCGCUGGCCGUCGUGAAGAUGGUAGCCAUCCUGGCAAUAGUGUGCAUCCUGUUCGUAAAUUGCUACAGUGUAAAUCUAGGAAUGGCAGUGCAGAACAUCUUUACGGCAGCUAAGCUUGUGGCGGUGCUUAUUGUAAUCUUGGGAGGUGGUUACAAAUUGUUCCAGGGCAACACGCAACAUCUGCAAAAUGCAUUUACAGGCCCAACACCAUCAUUCGGUGUAAUUGCUACGGCAUUCUACACCGGUCUCUGGGCCUAUGAUGGUUGGAAUAAUCUCAACUAUGUAACAGAGGAAAUUCAGAAUCCCAGCAAGAACUUGCCACGGUCGAUUAUCAUUGGAAUUCCUCUUGUGACUCUCUGCUAUGCCCUUAUAAACGUCUCCUACUUGGCGGCUAUGUCAGCCUCUGAAAUGAUUGAAUCUGAGGCGGUGGCUGUGACCUUUGGGAAUCGUAUUCUGGGGGCUUUCGCGUGGCUCAUGCCGCUAAGUGUGACGAUCAGUACAUUUGGCAGUGCAAAUGGUACCCUGUUUGCUGCCGGACGUCUGUGCUUUGCUGCUAGUCGCGAGGGACACCUCCUGGAUAUUCUCUCCUAUGUCCAUGUACGCCGUCUGACUCCAGCUCCUGGUCUCAUAUUCCACUCCCUAAUUGCGGCGGCCAUGGUCAUUUAUGGAACCAUCGACACCCUCAUUGAUUUCUUCAGCUUCACGGCCUGGAUCUUCUAUGGUGGUGCUAUGUUGGCCUUAAUUGUGAUGCGCUACACCAAACCCAACUAUCCCAGGCCCUAUAAGGUGCCACUUAUCAUUCCAUUGUUGGUUCUGGUGAUCUCGGCGUAUUUGGUGGUAGGCCCAAUUGUGGAUAAACCUCAAAUCGAGUACCUGUACGCAGUGGGUUUCAUUUUGGCUGGACUGAUUGUUUAUGUGCCGUUUGUCUACUAUGGUAUCCAAAUUAGAUUCAUGGACAAAGUCACAAUAUUCUUUCAAAUGCUCCUCGAAGUGGUUCCCACAUCUACAAUGGCCAUGUUCGAUUGAGCGUGGAAAAGAACCCGAAGGGGGUAGAUUUAUUGUGCCCGAGUGUGCACAGUAUUUUUGCUUAUAUUAUUACAAGAAGAAACCAAAAAUACACACUGUAGUCUUGUAUCCUCUUAAAUGUUUUACCCAAGAGCAACUCACAAGGAAAAUUAAUGAGGCAGAACAAAAAAGAAAACACCGAAAUAAUGUGCAUUUGUCGGUGUGUGGCUCAAAUAAAAUGCUUAAAAAAAACAAUGAUGUACUUUAGUAAUUAAAUGUAAUAUUGGAGACUUAAUUGAAACUGAAAAGUAUAGAUUUUGAAAAAGAUUGUGGCAAUAAGUUUGUAAUAUCGAGGGAUGGGGAAGAAGAAGCUAUAUCAGUGUUAUCUUUCUAUUGGCCCGACAAAUUAUAGUUUUAGCUUCUGUGCCAAAAAAAAAAACAGAAAAGAAAAAUUUAAUUCAAAUUGUCAAGUACAUUAAUAUUAUAUCAUCAAAGGUGAGAUUUCUAGAUUCAAGAGUUUAUUUGUUUGUUUGAUAAUUGAGAACCAUUGUGAGAGUUUUAUGUAUAGAAGAAAGAAAAAAAAGAAGUAUCUUGUUGGGAAUUGAUAAAAAAAAUCAGACAAAUGUGACUCUUCUCAAAGAACAAAAAUUUUAUAUAUAAUAAAAAAAACACAUUAUUUUUGUGUACCACAAAUUGAGAAAUAAAUCUAUAUUAUUAGAAUAGAAA